UUUUUUUUUUCUUUAUAUCUACAUAUAUCAAGUUUCAAGAUGGGAAUUCCUACUUGGGCUUCAGUCAUGAUAGCUCUUGGGGUGAUCAUUGUGGUAUCUAUUUGUCUGGAACGCGUAUAUUCUCGUUUGGUUCGUGUACCGUUCUCACCAUCUGGGAAACAUUGUUUUAUCACUGGGGGUAGUUCUGGACUGGGACUAGGAUUGGCUAUCGAACUUGUCAAAGCUGGUGCCGAUGUGACUAUUGUGGCUCGUAGAAAGGAGGAACUGGAGAAAGCUGUAUCGGAAAUCAAGAGUCAUUGUCGCUCUCAAGAUCAAAAGGUGAUAGCUGUCAGUGCAGAUGUGACUUGCCAACAAGAUAUUGUUCGUGCAUUUGAUGAAGCCAAGGUCAAGGUGGGUCGCAAUCCUGAAAUUGUAUGCACUUGUGCAGGUGCCUCCUAUCCCAAAUUCUUUUUGGACUAUACUAUGGAUGAUUUUGAUCAAGCAAUUCGGUUGAAUUAUCUUGGUCAGGUUUAUACUGCGCAUGAAGCUGCCACACGAAUCCGAGAUUCCGGAAUUAAAAAUGGUAAAAUUGUCUUUGUGUCAUCCAUGCUGGGCAUGUUGAGUUUUGUUGGUUAUGGUACUUACUCUCCCGCAAAAUAUGCUAUACGUGGUCUGGCUGAUACUUUACGAAAUGAACUCAAGCAAUAUGAUAUUGAUGUACAUAUCUUCUUCCCUGGAGGAAUUCUAUCUCCUGGAUUUGAUAAAGAGAAUAUGACAAAACCAGAUGUGACCAAGGAAAUUGAAGGAACAAAUGAACCACAAACACCUGAAGAAUGUGCCAAGUCUUUGAUGAAAGGAUUAUAUGCUGGGCAUUAUAUGAUCAUGGUGGACUUUAUAUCUGAUCUCCUUCGAUGUACUACAAGAGGUGUUUCUCCAUCAAAUAACUUUUUCUUGGAUUUCCUUUUGGCUUUGAUUGGGCAAUUUGUUGGAUCUGGUUAUGCUAUCUACAUGGAUUGGUUAGUCAAGUCUCUCAAAAACAAAUAAUACUGUAUUCAUUAUAAUAAAAAUAUAAGGUUAUCUCUUUUGGAACUUGCAUGACUCAUUUCCUACAGAAAAUACAGACUCCUACCAUUUUUGGGAUUUCGUUUUUUUUUUUUU